CGGCGCAUGCGCGCUGCAUUGUUUUGACUGAAAAUGCCGUCGGUUUCGAAAGCGGCGGCGGCGGCGUUGAGCGGGUCCCCCCCGCAGACCGAGAAGCCGACCCACUACAGGUAUCUAAAGGAGUUUAGGACAGAGCAGUGCUCCCUGUUUGUGCAGCACAAGUGCACCCAGCACAGGCCAUUUACCUGUUUCCAUUGGCAUUUCCUAAAUCAGCGUCGGCGCAGACCGCUCCGCAGGCGCGACGGCACUUUUAACUACAGCCCGGACGUGUACUGCUCCAAGUACGACGAGGCCAGCGGCUUGUGCCCCGACGGCGACGAAUGUCCAUACCUGCACCGGACGACCGGGGACACAGAGCGCAAGUAUCACCUGCGCUACUACAAGACGGGCACGUGCAUCCAUGAGACGGAUGCCCGGGGCCACUGCGUGAAGAACGGGCUGCACUGCGCCUUCGCGCACGGCCCCCUGGACCUGCGGCCACCGGUGUGUGACAUCAGGGAGCUGCAGGCCCAGGAAGCCCUGCAGAACGGCCAGCUCAGUGCUGGGGAUGGCAUCCCUGACCUGCAGCCUGGGGUCUUGGCCAGCCAGGCCCUGAUGGAGAAGAUCCUGGGCGAGGACCCCCGGUGGCAAGAUACCAACUUCGUGCUAGGCAGCUACAAGACAGAGCAGUGCCCCAAGCCGCCGCGCCUGUGCCGCCAGGGCUACGCAUGCCCGCACUUCCACAACAGCAGGGACCGGCGGCGGGAUCCGCGGAGGUUCCAGUACAGGUCCACCCCCUGCCCCAGCGUGAAGCACGGUGACGAGUGGGGCGAGCCCUCCAGGUGCGAGAGCGGGGACAGCUGUCAGUACUGCCACUCGCGCACAGAGCAGCAGUUCCACCCCGAGGUACGGGAGCACCCCCGGAAGUACGUGCAGCACAUCAGCCUCUCGCCUGACUCCAUCCAGAACGAGGAGGCCAUGGCCCCACUUCUGAAGUACCUGGACGAGAAGCUGGCUCUGCUGAACGCCUCGCUGGUGAAGGAGAACCUGAGCAGGGUGCUGGAGGCCCUCUGGGAGCUGCUGUUACAGGCUAUUCUGCAGGCUCUGGGUGCAAACCGUGACGUGUCUGCCGACUUCUAUGGGCGCUUCCACUUCACGCUGGAGGCCCUGGUCAAUUUUUUCCACGCUGAGGGCCAGGGUUUGCCCCUGGAGAGCCUGAGGGACGGAAGCUACAAGGUGAAGUUUGGCCCUGGGUCCUCUGACAGAGGAAGGGGGAGGGGCGGACACCAGAGACCCAAGUUUGAGUUCAUCCACGCCCCACACGUGAAAUGGAGCCGUGAGGAGCUGCCGGCAUCACCAGGGGCCUCCUCCUUCCUGCAGAGGCUGGAGGAAGAGCUGCGCCUGCACCAGUGCUCCACCCGGGAGUGCAUCGAGCAGUACUACUUGGACAAGCUCAAGCAGGUAGUGCGGCCCAGGUGUUGGCACGAGGCCCCGCCUCCGGGAGUCCCCGGGCUUCGGCUCACCGGCCCCCCGGCCUUACCACAGAGGUCCCUGGAGCACAACCGGUUUGGGCGCCUGAGCGUCCGCUGCCACUACGAGGCGGCCGAACAGCGGCUGGCGGUGGAGGUGCUGCACGCCGCCGACCUGCUCCCCCUGGACGCCAACGGCCUGAGCGACCCCUUUGUGAUCGUGGAGCUGGGCCCGCCGCACCUUUUCCCUCUGGUCCGCAGUCAGAGGACCCAGAUCAAGAGCCGGACGCUGCACCCCGUGUACGACGAGCUCUUCUACUUCUCCGUGCCCGCAGAGGCCUGCCGCCGCCGGGGCGCCUGCGUGCUGUUUACCGUCAUGGACCACGACUGGCUGUCCACCAACGACUUCGCGGGGGAGGCAGCCCUAGGCCUGGGCAGCAUUGGCGGCGUCGCGAGGCCCCAGAUGGGAGGGAGCGCGAGGGCCGGGCAGCCGGUCACCCUGCACCUGCGCCGGCCCAGAGCCCAGGUGAGAUCGGCGCUUAGGAUGCUGGAGGGCCGCAACAACAAGGAGGCGCAGGAGUUUGUCAAGAGACUCAAGGAGCUGGAGAAGUACAUGGAGGCGGACCCCUGAGCCCCUGCGGCCACCAGCCAGGCCCUCCCCAAGUCCCCGUGUUGUUCUCUCGCCGUGGUCAGCUUUGUGCAGCCGGGCUCGUGGUGCCCCUUCCCCUGCUUCAUGGUGUGUAUGCUGUGGCUGGACUCCCUUCUGCCCUGGCCAUGUCUCUGUGGUGUGUGUUGUGAACCCCCUGUGCCCAGUAAGCCCCACCCAACUGGAUCUGGACAGCCGACUGGGCGAGGCCUGACCAGCAGCUGCCCGCCCCCACCCUGGAGCAGAGAGAGCAGGCCUGGCCGCCAGGUGAGCUUCCCACCUUCCCUCAGGUUCCACAGCCACAGGGCAGGAGGGCACUGGUCUUAAAGCAGGGCUCUCAGUGGGGCAGCCUUGCCCCCCAGGGGACAUUAGGUGCUGCCUGGAGACAUUUUUGGUAGUCAGUCACAACUGGGGAGUGAGUGAAGGCUGUGCUAUUAGCACCAGUGGGUAGAGACCAGGCUUGACAUCCUGCCAUGAACCCUCCCCCCCCCAACAAAGAAUGGUUCACCCCUAAAUGUCACCAGUGCUACACAGGAGAGCCCUAUCCUAAAGGAAGUUCUGUCCUCGUCUCUCCAGGGCUGGGGCAAGGCCUCACUAGGCGGAGAGGCAGGAAGUUCAGCGUUUUGAGUCUGGACAAUCCAGGCUUUGGAGGGAGAGGGUGAACAUGUGCAGUGUCCCUACCCUUCUCCAGGGACCCUCCACCCCAGACAGCAUGUGGAGGGUGGUUUGCCUGAGAGCUGCACAGGUCUCCAGUCCCCACCCAGCUGACAGGCCCAGGGUCUCUGACUGAGGAUGUCACUCAAGGCUGGUCAGUGUAAGGGGCUCCAUGCCAACUGGCCAGCUAUCUGGCGUUUCUUUUCACGAACGCAUGGCUGCCCA